AUGCCGCUUGUCAGAUACCUGCUCUUGUCUUCCAUGGUGUUGGGAGCACAGUUAUCUCUGUACCCGACUCAGCAAUUCCUGUUUGUCGAAAUUAGUGCUACGGCAAAGAUCCCCUGUUCUUCCAAAGAAAAACUGGAAGGAGGUGGCAUUUCGGUUUAUUGGUACAGGAGAAGAGAAGGUGAGGGGCCCACCUGCAUCAAGAAAUGCUUAAAUGAUCAAAAUGUAAGUAAGUUUGCCUGCAAACCCGAGACACACGGCAUGACACUGGAAAUCUACAAUGUCCAGCAGAACGAAUCUGGUGACUAUUACUGUGCUGUUAAAACCAGCAGCUAUCUGAUUUUUGGCAAUGGAUCCACACUGAUUGUUGGAGACAGCUACACCACCGGCAGCUGGGUUUUGCUUCUUGCUCCAUCUCUCCCUGGUCUCAUCUCCACUGGGACGGUUGAUCUGGCUUGCAUUAUCCAUGGAGUUUCCAACCCAGUCCAAAUUUCCUGGAAUAUUUCUGGGGAUUGGCAGGAACAAGCACUAAUGCGAUCACUGAAAGCAAAGGAUGGAUCCUUAAUGCUCAUAAGUCACAUUAGCAUCCCGAAGGAUGCCUGGACCAGUGCGAAAAUUCUCACCUGUGAAGUCAAAUUCAACUCUUCUGGCACCAGUGUGAAGAAAAGUGCCAGGUAUAUUGAACGCUUUGACAAUGGAUGCUUUCAGUACGCCGUUCCCCUGGCAGUAGGGGGAGCCCUGGUGCUGUUGAUGGUGUCUCUGAGCCUUGUUUGGAUUUGCUGCCCUUCCACUCGAGGAUUCCAGGCCUGCAGCUCAGCAUCGCCAGCCCCAGAGGAGCACCAGGAUGGGCUCGUAUACUGUCAGCUGGAUUUUGAUUCGAGGCAGCGUGGCCGGAGCACGAUGGAGCGACCGGCGAGAGGGAAGAGUGAAAAAUCCUGA